GUCCGACAGUCACAUGCCUGGUACCACGCGCAUUGCUGUGCGGACUAUAUUACCUCUCUUGCUCGUUCUUGUCUCCCUCUCCGUCGGCAUGUCGUCAGCACGGCGCGUCCAAGGCCGCCUCCUUGCCCGUGCGCUCGAGGCACGACACGAUCGAUGGCAUGGAUCUAGCGUUGGCCCGGCUCGCAGAGGCACGACGGAGCAAAACUCCGUGACUAACGUGCUGGAUCAUGGUGCCAGGGCCGGUGAUGGCUCGUUUGACAACGCGGUGCCGUUCCAGGCGGCUCUCAACGCUGCUCUGGCUGCAGGUGGCGGCAUCGUCUGGGUUCCGGCCGGCCAGUUCACUUUCCACUCGUCGAUCACCGUGCCCGUCGGCGUGUCGCUCGAGGGCACGUAUCGCGCGCCACCAGCACACAACGUUGGCGAGGGUGGGCUGCCGCCCACACAUGGAUCGGUGCUGCUGGUGGUGGGUGGCCGCGGCGAGGCGUCGGGAACUCCAUUCGCCACCCUCAAGCAGGACGCCACCCUCCGCGGCGUGGUCCUUUACUAUCCAGACCAGGACCCCAAGGCUGCGCCGACCCCGUACCCAUUCACUCUCUCGCUCUCGGUCAACUCUGCCGUCAUCGAUGUCGAGGGCGUCAAUCCGUACCAGUUCAUUUCGGCUGUUGGCGCCGCCCGCCACUACAUCGCCCGGGUCUACGGUCAGCCGUCGCUCAUCGGCAUCUACGUCGACGAUGUGACUGACAUCGGUCGCAUGAUUGACAUCCACUUUAACCCCUGGUACUCGCAGCAUCCCGAGUACAUGCGGCUGCAGCUGACUAGAGGACGGGCAUUUGUCCUUGGCCGCUCUGACUGGCAGUUCUGCACCCGCCUCUUUGCCUUUGCCUACUCGGUCGGGUUCCAUUUUAUCGAGACCGCAGCCGGCGCCACCAAUGGCAUUCUCGAGGAGAGUGGCGCUGACAUGGCGUACAACGCGUCGGUCUUGAUCGAGCAAGUCGACGUGUGGGGCCUGCAGAUCGCAGCCUGUGAGUUCACCUCGUUCGCCUCGCCGCAAUGGGCCAAUGUCUCGGUCACCUCGAUCGAGCUCGUUGUCGCACCGACCAACUCGGGCACUGUCACCGUCUCCAACACCGCCUUCUGGGGCCCAUCGUACUCGAUUGCCUCGGUCGCCGGCUCCGGCAUGGUCUCUUUCUCUGGAUGCACCUUUACCCAGUGGGACGUCCAUCACAAGGGUUUGCCUGCCGUCACCAUCGCGGGCGCCACCGCGGUCUCGAUCACCGACUCGCUCUUUCUGCAGAACAACUGCAUCUCGGGCACGUGCUUCUCGCAGAUCGACCGCACUCGUGAGUCUUCAGGUGCGAUCAUGGUUGCCAACAACAUCUUCACCGGCGCCAUCCACAACCUCGUCGCUCUCUGCUCUAAGCGCUCCUCCGAUUCUUGCCUUGUUAUCAACAACGUCGUGAGAUUGUAAGCUCUCAAAUCUUCGCCUUCCGCGAGCACACGCCGCCCCGAUUGAGCAUGUCACUCUCGGCCCACCCAGACGUCCCGCCCCCACCAGCCAUGCGCCGCGCUGUGCUGCGCCGCGCUGCGGUGCUCUCCGCUGCGAUACUCUCCACUGCGGUGCUCUCCGCUGUACCUCACUCUGCUUCAAUCAGGCCACGACCCAAAGAUCUAACCCCCUUCCAACUACACUCACCUUCUCCUGUCUCUAGCACACAUACCAUCUUACACGCAUUACUCAUCCG